AUGCUUAUUAGCCUGAGGAGGAAAUUUUUCUAUGCAGUUACACUGAUAACUGUAGCCUUGUUUGUGGUUUCCUUGUGGUCUGUAUAUCGUGAUGAACUGUUGUGGCUUAAGGUUGGUUUGCUAACAGCUUUGUAACCUUAAAAAAGUGUUAUAAUACUGUGUGUUUUUAACAGUUGCAAAUACAUCCUGGAUAUCUGUUGAACUGAAGGUGCUAAAUAUGCUAGUAGUCCAUCAUUAGAAACAGUAAGUAAUUCUCCAGACUGACCUCAAUACAUUUCCUUAAAGAAUAAGUUGAGAGAAUCUGGUACUCCUUUUAUAACCUCUCUACAUUGGCCGUCUACUUGUACCACUCCAUAUAUUAAAAUUCCUACCAGUAUUUCCAGUAAUAUUUGAAAAUUUGCCACUAUGAAAACCAGGGACACUUUCCCCAAAUGCUGGUGUCAUGGAACCAGGAGCAUGUAUAUUCACUUUUUGUUUUAUUUUUGCUUGCAGGUUGAUAAAUGGGAAAGUUGUGAGAAAGUGAUUUGGCAAAAUUCCUUUUCAAAUCUGUUGAGAAUAUUUCUGAAUCCUGACCAUAAAAAUCACAAGACUGACCAAGACAUCUUGGACACAUAUGGCAGUAGACAAUGUCAUGACAUUCUACGGCAUGACUUUCCUCACCCUAUUGCCACAUCAAUAGAAAUUGAAUUUCCAAUUGCGUAUGGAAUACUUGUAUAUAAAGGGGGGCCUCUUCUUGAACAGUUAUUCAAAGCAAUAUAUAUGCCACAUAAUGCCUAUUGCCUUCAUGUUGAUGUGAAGGCCUCUGAAACUUUCGAACGGGCUGUUAAAUCUAUGACCAGGUGCCUAAGCAAUGUCUUUAUCACCAAAAAAACCUUGGAUGUGAUAUGGGCACAUAUUAGCAUCAUUCAAGCGCAGUUAAAUUGUAUGGAAGAUUUAUUGGAAAGUCCCAUUAAAUGGAAAUAUUUUAUAAAUUUAGUGGGACAAGAUUUUCCUUUGUAUGACAAUAAUGGCAUUGUAACUGCAUUGCAGACACUUCAAGGAAAAAACAACAUUGAAAGUUUUCCUAUGCCUGAGCGUAAUUACUACCGCACACAAUUUGUUUAUCGCUUUGAAAAGACAGGUGAAUUUUCCCACGAUUAUAGAAGAAUACAAACAUCACUUAGAAAAGAACCACCACCAUAUGGACUUAAACUUUUCAAAGGCUCAAAUCAUGUGGCCUUGACAAGAAAUUUUGUACAAUUCAUCUUGUAUGAUAAAAAAGCCAAUGAAUUUUUUAACUGGCUAAAUGACACUUUUAUUCCCGAUGAAGCAUUCUAUGCUACUCUUCAACAAAUUCCUGGUGUUCCUGGUGGUAUCCAUGGAAACCACAGCUGGUUUAUGAGAAGACUGAUGUGGUUUAAUGAUGUUUGCUAUGGACAAAUUGUAAGAGAAAUCUGUUGGCUCAGUGUGGCUGACUUAAGAUGGGCUUUAAGUAAGCAGGAAAGUAAAUGGCUAUUUAUACAGAAAAUCCCAUUUGAUUAUGAUAAAAGGUUAUUAAAAUGCUUAAGAAUGGCAAUAACAGGAAGGAAGUAUGGACAGAGUUACUUUCCUUGAAAAGGACACUACUUGAUGAACACUUAACAAUUUAUUUCAAAUUAGUUUAAACCCACGUUGUUCUUUUCUAAACACGUUUUGGUGCUCAUAGGAAUCAGAGCAGUUAUUUUAGACCUGAUUCUAGUAGACAUAAAUCUGCUGGGGCAAAUUGAUUCUGUUGACUUAAAAAAUAUUACUAUCAUUACUUAUGAGAAAAGCAUCGAAGAUCACCGUAUAGCUAACUUUAGUGAUGAGAAAGUAAUCUACAAAGGGAGAUGUUCGUAGACAAGCCAAGUGUUCUCAAUAAGGGAGAAAUUAAUGAGAAGAAAGGAUUACUUUGUCCUCACAGGUAGAAUUUCUGUCGUGAAGAAAAUAUUAGAUUAUGGAUUUUUAAGCUGCUUCCUACUAGUACCUAUAAUUAAAAAUUCUGUUUUAUCAUCGUUUGACAUAAGAUUAUCUGAAAUCAUCCAACUCCUAACAUCCCUGAUACAGUCAGUCAUAGACUUGAUGACAAAAUCAGCAUCCGCAGAUCGAUUGGGGCUGAAUGAUACAACUGUGUAUCGUCUGCGUAGCAGUGAACUUGUGGGAGGUGGCGUUCAACGAUCUGAAACAGUUUGCGCAUGUAGAUAGUGAAAAGCAAGGGGCCCAAACAUGAUGAUGACCGAUGAUCAAAUCUUUUAAUUUUUAAGGCUUACUUCCCGGCAAUUGUAAAAAGUGAAAGAGAAAUAGAAAAAAAUUCCAAGUUCUAAUUAAAUCUUUUCUUAUGGUUGAGAGCAAAAUAUUCUCGAAACUGAGAAUGUUUUCAGAUCAAAGCUGUGUAAAUCGAACUGAAACAGUGCAUGGAACCUUGCAUUUCCUGUUUUUACUCUCACCUAUUGUAUGGAAUGUGUGUGAAAAUCUUCAUUACGAACGACCAAGAAUACUAUUGACCGACAAUAUGCAGAGCGGGGGCA